UAGUGUCAGAUUUCAGGGCUCGCUUCAUUUCACAUGCAUAGGGUUCUGCUGGCUGCAACACACACUGAGCUGAUAAAGAUGUUUGCAACCUCUCUGACAUAUCAACAGGAAAUAUUGGGAUUGUAAGUAACAAUGAAAAAGCAAGUGACAUUUGUUGAGCAGCGGGAAAAAGAAAACCGGUUAAAAAAUGGAAGUGGUCACAUCUUAAUGAGGUAAAACCACAUUGUGAGUGUUAACAUAUUUAAUGGAUGGAUGUAAACAUUUCAAAUUCAUUCUUUUUAUCCUUUUUUUCUUUUUUUUUAAGGUCUGCAGAAUCUUACCAGAGAGGUACGGAUGGCUUUGAAUGUCUACCUAGUCAGCAAGUGAGGGAGAUGUACAGAGGAACACACGCAAAUGUGUCUGCAGGCGGCCAGCACAUGAAGACAAUACACAUUCCCAAAUCUAUGAUGUCUGCACCCUUCUUACAGCAUCCAGCCCUUACAGCUGGACAGAGACGCUACCUUUGCAGUAUAGCAAACGUUUACAGUACAGAACACAUGAGGCAGCAGAUGAAGCAGCACUAUCUCAAUGUGCUGCACACAUGUGUUCAAUCAGGUCAGAAUCCCACCUGCAGAAGGAGGUUUGGGUUUCAUCAACAGAGAGACAAUAGUACGUUCACGAAGGAUGCACAGAAGGAUGUGGCAAGAGCGAAGCCUCAAGGACAGAGGAAAAGCAGCAGCACAGCUAAUUCUGAUGUUAUACUUCCAAAAAUAGUCAACAGAUGA